AGUAUUAUCAUUUUCUUCCUCGUUAAGUAUAAUUACAAUUUACAAACAGAGUGGUUUCACUCUCACCCAUCACCCAUUUCACCUUAUUCUAGCCUUAAAGCUUCUAUUAAAGUGAAAUUGAAUCACUAUCUCGCACUCAAUGCAAUUUAUUAAGCUUCAGCUCAUUGUUUACUAGAUCACAAACGUAAACACGAGUGUAAUUCGCUAGAGGUAGAAGGCAGCGUGACCUAAUAUAUCAUCUUCACAUUAGUUCCUUCAAUAAUCAAUACAUUCACAAAUGUACAAAAGUUCUUUUACUUGCAACGACUCAUCAUAGCUGUUUUUACAACAACCUUGCAGUUUGUGCUCUCUUUCCCCUUUCUCUGGCCAAUAUGUCUGACCAAGCUUCAUCCUCCAGAGACAUAACCGGGGAGGCAAAGGAGAGGAAGAAGGAAGUAGAAGAAAGAAAGGAGAGAAAAGUUCCUUUGCUCAAACUCUUCUCAUUCGCUGACCUUCAUGAUUGUGUCUUGAUGGCUGUUGGAACAGUUGGGGCAUGUGUCCAUGGAGCCUCUGUGCCUGUUUUCUUUAUCUUCUUUGGAAAGAUCAUCAAUGUCAUAGGCUUGGCUUACCUUUUUCCCAAAGAAACUUCUCACCGAGUUGCCAAGUAUUCGUUGGAUUUUGUGUAUCUAAGUAUAGUAAUAUUGUUUUCAUCCUGGGCAGAGGUGGCUUGUUGGAUGCAUACUGGUGAACGUCAAGCUGCAAAGAUGAGGAUGGCGUAUUUAAGGUCAAUGUUGAAUCAAGAUAUAAGUCUUUUUGACACCGAGGCAUCAACUGGAGAGGUCAUUUCUUCAAUUACAAGUGACAUUAUCAUUGUUCAAGAUGCAUUAUCUGAGAAGGUAGGAAACUUUAUGCACUACAUAAGCCGAUUUGUAGCUGGCUUUAUCAUUGGUUUUGUGAGAGUGUGGCAGAUCAGUUCAGUGACACUUGCAAUUGUACCUUUGAUUGCCCUUGCUGGAGGUAUCUACGCAUAUGUCACCUUUGGACUUGUUGCAAAGGUUCGGAAAGCAUAUGUAAGGGCUGGUGAAAUCGCAGAAGAGGUGAUAAGCAAUGUGAGAACUGUACAAGCAUUUGUAGGAGAAGAAAGAGCAGUGAGAUCAUACAAGGAAGCUUUGAUAAACACACAUAUAAAUGGUCGAAAAGCAGGUUUAGCAAAGGGCUUAGGACUAGGCUCCCUGCAUUUUGUCCUUUUUCUAUCAUGGGCUCUGCUUGUUUGGUUCACUAGCAUUGUUGUUCACAAGAAGAUCGCCAAUGGUGGAGAGGCUUUCACUACCAUGCUCAAUGUGGUCAUCUGUGGCCUGUCACUAGGGCAGGCAGCACCAGAUAUUUCUGCAUUCAUCAGAGCAAAAGCUGCAGCUUAUCCCAUUUUUGAGAUGAUAGAGAGGAACACAGUGACAAAAAUCAUCUCAAAUGGUAAAAAAUUAAGCAACAUAGAGGGUCACAUCCAGUUUAUUGAUGUCUGUUUUAGCUACCCAUCUCGUCCAAAUGUACUCGUCUUCAACAAUCUUCAUCUUGAUAUUCCUUCUGGGAAAAUUUUAGCCCUUGUGGGAGGAAGUGGUUCUGGAAAGAGCACAGUUAUAUCUUUGAUUGAGCGCUUCUAUGAGCCACUCUCUGGUCAGAUACAAUUGGAUGGGAACAAUAUCAGGGAACUUGAUCUUAAAUGGUUUAGACAACAAAUUGGGCUAGUUAAUCAAGAACCUGCACUUUUUGCUACAAGCAUCAGGGAGAACAUACUGUAUGGAAAAGAUGAUGCCACUCUUGAAGAACUCAAUCUUGCUUUAAUGCUUUCUGGUGCUCAGUCUUUUAUCAACAAUCUUCCUGAUCGCUUAGAUACUCAGGUUGGAGAGAGAGGAAUACAAUUAUCAGGGGGACAGAAGCAAAGGAUUGCUAUAUCUCGUGCUAUAGUGAAGAAUCCAUCAAUCCUUUUAUUGGAUGAAGCAACUAGUGCCUUGGAUGCAGAGUCUGAGAAGAGUGUACAGGAGGCUCUUGAUCGAGUCAUGGUCGGAAGAACUACUGUGAUGGUGGCACACAGGCUUUCUACCAUUAGGAAUGCAGAUAUCAUUGCUGUUGUUCAGGGAGGGAGCAUUGUGGAAAUUGGAAACCAUGAGGAGCUCAUUUCCAACCCAAACAGUAUAUAUACAUCUCUUGUUCAAACCCAAGUGGCAGCUUUUCAAGGCCAACCUUCUACAGAUCCUUGCUUGGAGCAGCCAUCAAGCAUAACACACUCCGGAGAAUUAUCCCGUUCAACAAGCAUUGGUGGUAGUUUUCGUUCAGAUAAAGAAUCUAUUGGGCGUGUUUGUGCUGAUGAAGCAGGAAGCGUUGGAAGGUCAAGGCAUGUGUCCUUAACAAGGCUAUACACCAUGAUUGGUCCUGACUGGUUUUAUGGGGUUUCUGGAACCUUGGGUGCUUUUAUUGCUGGAGCCUUAAUGCCUCUAUUUGCUCUUGGAAUCUCUCAUGCUCUUGUAUCAUAUUACAUGGACUGGGACACAACACGCCAUGAAGUGAAGAAAAUUGUUUUCCUCUUCUGUGGUGCAGCAGUUUUAGCUGUCACUGCCUAUGUCAUUGAACAUCUUUCUUUUGGAAUCAUGGGCGAGCGACUUACCCUUCGUGUCAGAGAAACUAUGUUUUCUGCUAUUUUGAAGAAUGAAAUUGGCUGGUUUGAUGAUACAAACAACUCAAGUUCUAUGCUUUCAUCGCGUUUAGAGGCCGACGCAACUUUAUUAAAAACUAUAGUUGUUGAUCGUUCCACGAUUCUCUUACAGAAUGUUGGUUUGGUUGUUACCUCCUUCAUCAUUGCCUUCAUUUUAAACUGGAGGAUUACACUUGUUGUAUUGACCACAUACCCUUUGAUCAUUAGUGGUCACAUCAGUGAGAAACUUUUCAUGCAAGGCUUUGGAGGCAACUUGAGCAAAGCAUACCUAAAAGCCAACAUGUUGGCUGGGGAGGCUGUGAGUAACAUACGCACCGUGGCUGCAUUUUGCUCUGAAGAAAAGGUCGUUGGACUUUAUGCUAAUGAGCUUGUUGAGCCUUCGAAACGUUCAUUCAAAAGGGGCCAAAUUGCUGGCAUAUUCUAUGGCAUUUCCCAGUUCUUUAUUUUCUCAUCUUAUGGCCUUGCCUUGUGGUAUGGGUCUGUGUUGAUGCAAAAGGAGCUUGCUAGCUUCGCAUCAAUUAUCAAGUCAUUUAUGGUUUUAAUUGUAACAGCACUGGCUAUGGGGGAGACUUUGGCACUGGCACCAGACCUUUUGAAAGGGAAUCAAAUGGUUGCAUCAGUUUUUGAAGUGAUGGAUAGAAAGACAUUGAUAGUGCAUGAUGUUGGAGAAGAACUAAAGACAGUGGAAGGAACAAUUGAGCUUAAAAGAGUCCAUUUCAGCUACCCUUCAAGACCAGAUGUGUUUAUUUUUAACGAUUUCAAUCUAACAGUGCCUUCAGGAAAGAGUAUUGCCUUGGUGGGGCAAAGUGGCUCUGGUAAAAGCACAGUAAUCUCCCUUAUACUCCGAUUUUAUGAUCCAACAUCUGGGAAAGUGAUGAUCGAUGGAAAAGACAUCAGGAAAAUCAACUUGAAAUCUCUGAGGAGACGCAUUGGUCUUGUGCAACAAGAACCUGCUCUUUUUGCAACAACAAUUCAUGAAAACAUUCUCUAUGGAAAGGAAGGAGCCUCUGAUUCAGAAGUAAUGGAAGCAGCAAAACUUGCCAAUGCUCAUAAUUUCAUCAGUGCUCUUCCAGAGGGCUACUCAACCAAAGUUGGUGAAAGAGGAGUUCAACUAUCUGGUGGCCAGAAACAACGAGUAGCUAUUGCCAGGGCUGUUUUAAAAAACCCUGAAAUCUUGUUGCUGGAUGAAGCUACAAGUGCACUGGAUGUAGAGUCAGAGCGUGUGGUGCAACAAGCUUUAGAUAAAUUGAUGCAGAACAGAACAACAGUUAUGGUGGCACAUAGGCUUUCCACAAUAAGAAAUGCAGAUCAAAUAUCAGUUUUACAGGAUGGGAAGAUAAUUGAGCAAGGCACACAUUCAAGUCUUGUAGAGAACACAAAUGGAGCAUACUUCAAACUAGUCAGCCUUCAACAACAAGAUAUGCAAGAACAAUAACCAUGUAUGUAUUGGUAAGCUCUGCCAAAAAUAUAAAAAAAUUGCUUUGAAUAUUUAGUUCUUGAUUUGUAAUUUGUCCUUCAAUGGUUGUAUAAUAAAGGAAUGUGUCUACAGGACAUUGUGACAAAAAAACCUAUUUUGUAUAUCUUAUUUUUAAAAUUCCAU